GUCCAUUUCUGGUCCUAAAACUUCCCCAAAAAUAUGUUUCUAAUUUUAUGGAAACCCUUUGAAAUUUGGCACAGUUUUCAAAAGUAUGUAGGGGGAAAAAAAAAAAAGUCUGCCAGAGGUUUGGCCUCUGACUGUGAAAACAGACACUGCCUUUUCAAACUCCUCUCCUAGAUCCACUGACCAACACCCAGAAGAGAGAAUUUACAUUCUUUUAGAAUACAGCAGGAAAAUGAAGACCCGGCUAAAAAUAAUUUUUGGCGUGGUUAUAUGCCUUUUCCUUUCCUUAUUACUGAUGUGUAUUAUACUGCUUCCGUCAAGAGUUGUCAACACAGAUGAUGGACCCAGAGCUCUUACAUUGGAGGAUUACUUGAAUGGAAACUUCCAAUAUAAAACAUUUUUUCCAUAUUGGGUGUCAGACAAUGAAUAUCUUCAUCAGUCUGCAGAAGAUGACAUUAUUCUCUACAAUGUUGAAAUGAACUACCCAACUACCAUCAUGACUAACAGCACAAUGAAUCUAAUCUACUUCUUAAUCUUUCAGAAACAAGUUAAUGCUUCAAAUUAUUUGUUGUCAUCUGACAAGUAUUUCAUAGCUCUGGAAAGCAAUUAUUCAAAGCUGUGGAGAUACUCUUAUACAGCAUCAUACCACAUUUAUGAUCUCAUAUAUGGUGGUUUUGUAACAGAAAAUCAGCUUCCACGUAAAAUUCAGUAUAUAUCCUGGUCACCAGUUGGACACAAAUUGGUAUAUGUAUAUCAGAAUAAUAUCUAUUUGAAACAAAGUCCAAGAGAGGCACCAAUUAAAAUAACUACUGAUGGAAAACAGAAUGAAAUAUUUAAUGGGAUUCCUGACUGGGUCUACGAAGAGGAAAUGCUAGCGACAAAAUAUGCAUUGUGGUGGUCUCCAAGUGGAAAGUAUUUAGCAUACGUGCAAUUUAAUGAUUCUGACAUACCAGUUAUAGAAUAUUCCUAUUUUGGUGAGGACCAGUAUCCUAGAAAAAUAAUUAUCCCCUACCCAAAGGCUGGGGCUAAAAAUCCUACUGUUAAAGUGUUUAUUGUAGACACUAUUAAUGCUGAAGCAUUUGGUCCUAAGAAGGUGCCAGUUCCUGCAGUCAUAGCAUCAAGUGAUCACUAUUUUACUUGGCUUACUUGGGUAACAGACAGUCGAAUCUGUGUGCAAUGGCUGAAGAGAAUCCAGAAUUUUUCAGUCUUAGCUAUUUGUGACUUCAAAGAAAAUUCAAAUACUUGGGACUGUCCAGAGAAUCAACAGCACAUAGAAGAGAGUCAAACAGGAUGGGCAGGCGGGUUCUUUGUUUCUGCACCAUAUUUUACAUCAGACAGCAGUUCAUAUUACAAAAUUUUUAGUGACAAAAAUGGUUAUAAGCAUAUUCAUUACAUCAAUGGCUCUGUGGAGAAUGCAAUCCAAAUUACAAGUGGAGAAUGGGAGGCAAUAUACAUUUUCAGAGUAACAAAUGAUGCAAUUUUCUAUUCAAGCAAUGAAUUUGAAGGCUAUCCAGGAAGGAGGAAUAUUUACAAAAUCAGUAUUGGAAGUAAACCUAUCAGAAAACAAUGCAUUACUUGCAAUUUAAGGAAAGAGAGGUGCCAGUAUUAUACAGCAAGGUUCAGUGAACAUUCUAAGUAUUACGCCUUGAUCUGUUAUGGUCCUGGGAUUCCCAUUUCUACUCUUUUUGAGAACCACGGUGAUAGAGAGCUCAGAGUAUUGGAAGACAAUUGGGAAUUACAGUCUGCUUUGCAAAAUAUCCAACUGCCAAAAGAAGAAAUUAAUAAACUUGAACUGGAUGGUAUAACUUUGUGGUACAAAAUGCUUCUACCCCCACAGUUUGAUAGAUCCAAGAAGUACCCUCUGCUUAUUCAGGUGUACGGAGGACCCUGCAGUCAGAAUGUAAAAGAAACAUUUAGCAUUAGCUGGAUAACUUAUCUUGCAAGCAAAGAGGGAAUUAUUGUUAUUCUAGUGGAUGGCAGAGGGACAGCUUAUCAAGGUGACAAGAUUUUGCAUGCAGUAUAUCGAAGACUUGGAGUCUAUGAAGUUGAGGACCAAAUCUCAGCAGUGAAGAAAUUUAUAGAAAUGGGUUUUAUUGAUGAGAAACGAAUAGCAAUAUGGGGCUGGUCCUAUGGUGGGUACAUAACUUCUUUGGCACUUGGAUCUGGCAGCGGAGUAUUUAAAUGCGGAAUGGCUGUGGCUCCUGUUUCCAGCUGGGAAUAUUACGCGUCUAUCUACACAGAACGAUUUAUGGGUCUUCCUGUAGAGUCCGACAAUCUUGAGCACUACAAGAAUUCAACUGUGAUGGCAAGAGCAAAGAAUUUCCAAAACGUAGAGUAUCUUCUCAUCCAUGGAACAGCAGAUGAUAACGUACAUUUUCAGAACUCGGCACAAAUUGCAAAAGCUCUGGUUAAUGCACAGGUGGAUUUCCAGGCAAUGUGGUAUACUGACCAGAACCAUGGAAUUCCAGGCCUUUCCAGCAAACAUCUCUACACACAUAUGACCCACUUCCUCAAACGAUGUUUUUCUUUGUCAGAAUGAGUAGACUAUUCAGAACAUGCCAAGGCAUCUGAUACAUCUCUGGGAGAAUGCAAUGAUAACAGUGCCCAGGUUAUAUAGUUUUCAGGUGAAUUGAUGACAGGAACUUUGAAGCUUUAAAUUGAUGUUUACGUCCACUUUUGAUAUUGUAUAUUAGCAACUGUUAUGCUAAUACAUGUUUUGGCACAUUUAACACCUGUUUGAUAGAAAAAAAUAAAACCAGAAUGUAAAACGC